AUGUCGGACAUUUCGACUCCCAAGACCAACGCUUGGACCGAUGAGGCCAAGAAUGAGCUCCUUCUCCGCAUCAUCGCUCAGCUGAAGCCUGAGGGCAAGUCUAUCAACUGGGACGAGAUCACCAUGGAAGGCCGCACCAUGAAGAGCCUCCAGAAUCAGUGGACCGCUUUCAACAAGAAAAUCGACGCUCUCAAGCAGCAGGCCGCCGAUGCUCCUUCGCCUCCUGCCAAGAAGACUCCCGGUCGCAAGCGCGGUCCUAAGCCCAAGACACCCAAGAUGGUCGGGUCCGACGAGGAUGACGACUAUGAAAGUCUCAAGAAGUCUACCCCCCGCAAGCGCCGAGCUCCCAAGACCGAAAUCGAUGAUGAGAAUUCUACCAAGGCCAUCAAGAUGGAAAUCAACGAGACCAUCAAGGCAGAGGACGGAGAAUUUGACCAUGAAGUCUAA